ACAGGGCAAGGAUGGCAAUGACAAGACCUUCUCUUCUCACUUUGAUUUUGGCCAGAGCUCUGACUUCUGUAACUGGUGAGCUGCAGAUGCCAAAACUUUCCCUGACCUCUACACAUGCAGUUGUUUCUCCUGGAGAAAAUAUCCAGUUCAGAUGCACAAAACCAAGAUGCAAUGCUAAUGCUGAAUUCCAGCUCUUCAGAAAUGGUUUAUCUGUAUCCUCCCAGACACAUGUAUCUAAUGUGACUUUUAACUAUAAUGUAGACGUCUCACAUCAGGGCAGCUACAGCUGUCAAUACUCCUACCAAAACAACAAGUCGCUUUUGAGUGACACUGUUAACAUCACUGUGGUGAACUUGCAGCAGCCCAACAUUUCCCACAGUGCUCCUGAUGAGGGGUCUCAGGGGUCAGUGAUCACUAGGGGCCACAGUUUCACUAUCAUCUGUUCCACUAUAUGUCAGUAUCCUGGAGGCUCUUUUCACCUGUUCAGAGGGUCAAACAUCACCAGGAAUGAAUCAGCUGUCAAUCACUCUGCCUCCUUCUCCUUUCCUGAGGCAGAUUAUUCACAUGAGGGAAACUACAGUUGUGUUUAUGAAGUCAGUGUCUCCUCACGCUCCUUCCGUUCAUCUGCAUCUGAACUGCUGCUCAUCACUAUCACAGUGAACUUGCAGCAGCCCAGCAUUUCCCACAGUGCUCCUGAUGGACGGUUUGUUAAGGGAUCUCAGGGGCCAGUGAUCACGAGGGGUCACAGUUUCACUAUCAUCUGUUCCACUGAAUCUCAGUAUCCUGGAGGCUCUUUUCACCUGUUCAGAGGGUCAAACAUCACCAGGAGUGAGUCAGCUGUCAGUCACUCUGCCUCCUUCUCCUUUCCUGAGGCAGAUUAUUCACAUGAGGGAACAUACAGUUGUGUUUAUGAAGUCAGUGUCUCCUCACGCUCCUUCCGUUCAUCUGCCUCUGAACUGCUGCUCAUCACUAUCACAGCCUCGCAGCUUCCUGUCAUUGGUGCUGCAGUGUCAGCUGUGCUGCUCUUAUUGUCUGUCCUCAUAAUCAUCCUCCUGCUGAAGAGAAGACAAAAGCAAAGAAACAAGGAAACUCAUUCGAAGUGCGCUUUUACAAAAGGUCAAGCUGCAUCACAUAGUACCAAAAAUGACGACAAAGACGAUGAGGUUGAUUAUGAAAGUGUAGAACUUGGUGAAAACAUGGAUCAUGGUGAUUCUGAACAGGACUAUAUUAAUGUGGACUCUGAUAAAUCUGAACAGGACUAUAUUAAUGUGGACUCUGAUCAAUCUGAACAGGACUAUAUUAAUGUGGACUCUGAUAAAUCUGAACAGGACUAUAUUAAUGUGGACUCUGAUAAAUCUGAACAGGACUAUAUUAAUGUGGACUCUGAUAAAUCUGAACAGGACUAUAUUAAUGUGGACUCUGAUCAAUCUGAACAGGACUAUAUUAAUGUGGACUCUGAUCAAUCUGAACAGGACUAUAUUAAUGUGGACUCUGAUAAAUCUGAACAGGACUAUAUUAAUGUGGACUCUGAUAAAUCUGAACAGGACUAUAUUAAUGUGGACUCUGAUAAAUCUGAAGAGAACUAUGUCAAUGUAACUAUUACAGAGUAA